AUGAACCCUAAGCCAGGCAAAUCCCCGGUUGCCUAUGUUCAUCCGUCCAAGUAUAUCGAUUAUCAGCUCGUCCCGGAUCUGGAAAGCGGCAAGAAAUGCAUCGAUCUUCUGGCCACGGACGGCUUCGAAGUGAGCGGCAACGACAAGUUCGAUUGGAUUCACGACACGUACCUCAUUCUGAUCCGCAUGUUUCCGAAAAGGUGUCCACCAACGACUAUCAUCUCUCUCAAUGCACGAUUCGAUCCUCAUUUCCAUAUGCGCGUUGGCGCAGCACUCCGAAGCUUGAGGGAGCAAGGUUAUCUUCUAAUUGGCACCGGCGGUGCAGUUCAUAAUCUUUACCGAAACGUUUGGCAGCCUAUGUUGAAGUACUCCGACAACUUUGCCCAAGAAACGCCUCCGGCGAAUUGGGCGAUGGAAUUUCGUCAGGCAGUCGAAGACGUUAUUUCUGGAAAUAGCGGACCCGACCUUCGUCGAGCUAUCACAAGGCUAAUGAAGCAUCCCAGGUUCCGAGACGCCCAUGCAACAGAUGACCAUUUCAUGGCUGCCGCGUUUGUUGCAGGAGCUGCCGGUAGUGAAGAUGACAUUGGAACGUACGGAAGGCUAGAAGCGGAAACAUGGGAGCUUACGAAUAUGUGCAAUUCGCAAUUCACCAUCGGGCAGUGGGCAUGA